CCCGCGCCUCCGGAUUCCCGAGCGCGGGUGGGGGCUUCAGGCGGCGGCGGCGGCUCGGCUCGGCUCGGCCGGGGCGGGCGCGGGGCUGGGCGGGGGCCGGGGCGCGGGACGCGGGGCUGGGGCGCGAGAAGGGCGGUGCCUGCCCGCCCAGCCAUGGCGGCCCCGGAGCCGACGCCGAGGAGGGGCCGUGAGAGGGAGCGAGAGGACGAGAGCGAGGACGAGAGCGAGAUCCUGGAGGAGAGCCCGUGCGGCCGCUGGCAGAAGCGGCGGGAGCAGGUGAACCAGGGGAACAUGCCCGGGAUCCAGAGCACGUUCCUGGCCAUGGACGCGGAGGAGGGGGUGGAGGUGGUGUGGAACGAGCUGCACUUCGGCGACAGGAAGGCCUUCGCGGCCCACGAGGAGAAGAUCCUGACCAUGUUCGAGCAGCUGGCGCUCGUCGACCACCCUAACAUCGUGAAGCUGCACCGCUACUGGCUGGACGCCUCGGAGACCCGCGCGCGGGUGGUCUUCAUCACGGAGUACGUGUCGUCGGGCAGCCUCAAGCAGUUCCUGAAAAAGACCAAGAAGAAUCACAAGGCCAUGAACGCCCGGGCCUGGAAGCGCUGGUGCACGCAGAUCCUGUCGGCGCUCAGCUUCCUGCACGCCUGCAGCCCCCCGAUCAUUCACGGCAACCUGACCAGCGACACCAUCUUCAUCCAGCACAACGGCCUGGUCAAGAUCGGCUCCGUGUGGUACCGCAUCUUCUCCAACGCCCUCCCGGACGAUCUGCGCAGCCCGGUCCUGGCGGAGCGCGAGCAGCUUCGGAACCUGCACUUCUUCCCCCCGGAGUACGGAGAGGUGGCCGACGGCACCGCCGUGGACAUCUUCUCCUUCGGGAUGUGCGCGCUGGAGAUGGCUGUGCUGGAGAUCCAGGCCAACGGGGACGCCCGGGUCACCGAGGAGGCCGUGGCUCAGGCCCGGCAUUCCCUGAGCGACCCCAACAUGCGGACCCGAGGCUGGCUCAGAGAGGGAGCCACAGCGUCACGCCGUCUGCCCAGCCCCGAGACCUCCAAGCUUCCAGACCUGGGGCUCCAGGAGUUCAUCCUGUCCUGCCUGGCCCGGGACCCUGCCCGCCGGCCCUCGGCCCACAGCCUGCUGUUCCACCGCGUGCUGUUUGAGGUGCACUCGCUGAAGCUCCUGGCGGCCCACUGCUUCAUCCAGCACCAGUACCUCAUGCCGGAGAACAUGGUGGAGGACAAGACCAAGGCGCUGGAUCUGCACGCCGUCAUGGCGGAGGUCCCCCGGCCCCCCCGGCCCCCCGUGCAGUGGCGGUACUCGGAGGUGUCCUUCCUGGAGCUGGACAAAUUCCUGGAAGAUGUCAGGAACGGGAUCUACCCGCUGAUGAACUUCGCGGCCGCUCGGCCCCUGGGGCUGCCCCGGGCGCUGGCCCCACAGCCCGAGGAGGCCCAGAAGGCCAAGACCCCAACGCCAGAACCCUUCGACUCAGAGACCAGAAAGGUGAUCCAGAUGCAGUGUAACCUGGAGAGGAGCGAGGACAAGGCGCGCUGGCAUCUCACGCUGCUCCUGGUGCUGGAGGACCGGCUGCACCGGCAGCUGACCUAUGACCUGCUCCCAACUGACAAAGCCCAGGACCUGGCCGCCCAGCUCGUGCACUACGGCUUCGUCCGCGAGGAUGACCGGGCGAAGCUGGCCGCCUUCCUGGAGAGCACCCUCCGCAAGCACCGCGGAGCCUAGGGCCGAGCCCCUGGCCUGGGCGCGCGCCCCAUGGGCACUGCCGAAGGCAGCCCUGUGGGCCCCGGGUGGGGUGGGGGUGGCGGGGCCCCUUGCGUCUCCACGGUCACCCUGCUAUGUCCGCGGGUCUUCUGGCCGGGAGGCCCUCGGGAGGACACCUGGCCCGUGACUGGGCACUGGGCCUGCACGGCAGAACACGCACACCCCUCCCCCCCCAAACCUGCAGGUGUCAGGCAGGGCGCUGGGCAGUGGGCAGGGCCGGACCUGGAGGGAGAAGCAGCGGGGAGAGCCCGGAGUCCAAGCUUCAGUGCCCGAAACCUAGGUCCCCUCCAGCCCACACCUGCCCAGAGUCCACCACCUGCUGUCCCGGCAGCCCCGCCAUCGGGCCAAACUCAUGCCCUCCUCCCUGGGCAGCCGGGAGCCACCAGGACAUGGGUGCCUGGCUCUGGCCCAUGUCACCCAAGUGCUGGGUCAGCCUUGCGCAGUCCGGUGCCGGCCCGGGGACGCCUCCCCCACUCCUGCCUGGAUCGCUUCCCAGGCCUGUCCACUCCCCACGAGGAAGGCUGACCACUGCGCCUGUUGGUGCCACCGUGAGGCCGCGUGCACUGGCCCAAGACGGCAGCCUUUGCUACAGCCGGGUGGGUGGGCGGGCUGACCCGGGCCCACCACCAGAGCCGGGGUGGGUUGAGCUCACAGCCCUGCCGUGGUGGGCGCUUCCUGCUGGCUGCAACCAGGGCGGCGGUCGGCUGCCAGAGGCUGCCUCGGCCCUUCCCCGCCCUCGAGGCCAGCGCCAGGAGCUUGAGUCUGCCCCAGUACCCCUCCUGUGCCUCAGGGAGGUGCUCCUGUCUCCCACGGCGCCCGGGACGACAGCCCUCUCGGCCCUCGGCGUCGGUCACACCUGAGAAAGCCUUGUGCCUGGUCAGCCGAGGGCUAGGGGCUGACCCCAGCCGAAGGCCAGCCCUGAGAACAAAGGUGUCUCGAGUCUCCGUGCCUUACGGUGCCCCCGUUGUACACAUUCCAGUACUGCUCACGACACGGCCGCCGUCCCGCGCCUGCAGCUGGGUCGGGGUCUAACAGCACUCACACGGCCCAGGUCCCGGCUGAGCGAGCUGGCGACAGCGGACCGUGAUUAAACGGAAUUUUCCAAGCGUC